CACUUUUUAUGAGACGAAUAGUUAUGGGAAAUCGUCAUUCUUCUAACCCGUUGAUUAGCCAUGUAAUCCAUCCAAUGGUUGUAACCCACGGAUUCACCAUUCAACCGUUUUAUCACAGUUGCAUAUGGAGGUAGCAACUGACACAAACACACCUUGCUGGAUAACCCCUGUCUAAAUUAGGAACAACAUCCUAAGAAGAAUCGAAGAUGAAGAUAGGUGGUUCCACCUUCACUCACUUCUCUUACUCUUCUCCUUCUCUUUCAUCUCUCUUUCUCCCAUCCAAAUCCACCUUUCAACCUCUUCCCUCUACCCUUAUCUCCAAUCCUUUCCCUUCCAAACUUGCCACUUCAUCACCAUGCUCUCUUAAAAAGAUUAAAGGCUUGGGGAUUCAGCAAACAGGAUCCACUCCACAUGGAGAUAACAACCUUGAUGCAGUCAAGAGUAGGAUUGUGCUCCAGAUGUUUCAAAGGGCAAUGCCAAUGGAACCCCUUAUAACCAUUUUCACAAAACAAUCCGAGAUGAGUGGCUUCACAUUGGAAAAUCUUCAAGAUUGGAGAAAGUCGUCCAAAUGGGUUUUGGCAUUCUUUUUUGGACAAAGUAUAUCAGUUAUUUCUCCUGAUGUUUCAUACGCAAGUGACUCAGUGAAGAUAAAUGAGAUGUAUCAGGUUGGGGAACUGUUUGACUUAGGAAUCCAACUAAUAUAUUUGCUACUUUUGUUGGGUUUGCUUGGGGCUGGAACUUACUAUGUGAUUCGCCAAGUUCUUGUCCGCAGAGAACUUGACCUUUCUGCCAAAGAGUUGCAGGAACAAGUCAGAAGUGGUGAUGCAAAUGCCACUGAGCUGUUUGAACUUGGUGCAGUGAUGCUACGGAGGAAAUUUUACCCAGCGGCUACCAAGUUCUUAAUUCAAGCAAUUGAGAAAUGGGAUGGAGAUGAUCAGGAUCUUGCCCAGGUUCACAAUGCUCUUGGUGUCAGCUAUGUUCGUGAUGGGAAGCUUGAAAAAGGAAUUGCUCAGUUUGAGACAGCUGUGAAGAUUCAACCAGGCUAUGUCACGGCAUGGAACAAUCUCGGUGAUGCUUAUGAUAGUAAAAAAGAAUAUGUGUCUGCUCUAAAGGCAUUUGAAGAAGUCCUUCUAUUUGAUCCUAACAACAAGAUUGCGCGGCCCAGAAGAGAUGCUUUGAAGGAACUUGUUGGAAUGUCCCAAGGAGUUACUGUCAAAUAUAGAGAAAAGAAAUGAUUGCCAUUCUACCAACUCACACUAUAAAUAUUUCAUACUUCAUAGUACAGUUUUCAAUCAAUAUCUUGUUUAUUAUAUUUUAAGGAAUUUUGGCUCUAGUAAUGUAUUCGAGGUAGAAUUUUGUUUCUUCUUAUUUUGGUAGAAAUGAUGAUAACAAUGUCCGAACUCA